GCUCCACGGGGCUGAGAAAGGUCUCUGACAAAUGUUAAUUGCCCUGCGCUAAACUUGUUCUUGCCCCAAAGCAAGAGAACAGGCUGUAAAUGUUCAGGAGGUCUUUGUCUAGCUUACUCUUAGCAACCGUAUCUCUGCUGGUAAUCCAUUGCAGUACUCUUGUUUUUACUUUUACAAGGAUUUUUGUGGUCUUUAAUCAAAAUCUUCCAUGCUACAAUUUAAGCCUGUUAUGUCCUGUCAUAUUCACCAUGGCCACAAGGAACAGAUUAUUUCUGGCAGUCCUCUCUGCAGCAACCAUUUAUGUAUUUGAAGGCUGUUAUUACAUGUCCCCUCCAGGCAGCUCCCCUUUAGAUCAGAAAACCCUGAUUUUAUUUCACCUGGUCUUUUCAUUUCAGUCCUCAGGGCUCUGAUCACUUUUAUUGUUCUCCUAUAGAUUCUGUUCAGCUGCUCCCUGUGUUUUCGCAGGUGCUUGCCCAGCUGACCUCAUGCUCCAGUCCAGAGUAAAAAGAGGAAAAAAAACCCAAACCAACAAUAAAACCAAUGACAUAAGCAGUUAGAGCACAGCAUGCAGGUGGUAGGACCGAGUCUUGAAUGUUUGGGAGUCAGGCAUAACCUUUCUGUCAUGUCAAUAUCGCCCUGUUGACCAGCUUGCCAAAGUUUUAUCGGUAACUAGUACCUGAUGUGGGGCUGAUUCUGACAAAAACCAAACAUCUGUGGUUUUGAUAAUUAAUGUAUCCAAUUAACAAGAAUGUCUGCAGAGGGAAUGCUGAGCUUCACUUUCACCUGAAUGUGCUUCUACAAACUGUCCUGGAUUUUACCUCCUUUAACUAACUGUGAACAAGCCUUUUUGCCUUCCAGGAGCAGCUUUAAUCUGUUGUAGUGAGAAGCACUCCUACUUUUCCCCCUUACGAUCCACUUAAAUCCACUUAAAUCUCCUUGUAUUUUGAUUGUGGGGUGUUCAGGUCUUUCAUUUCUGUUCUGCCCUGUGUAUUCUUGCCUGAGGCCUCUGGGUUGCCAGUGUAAUACAAAUUGCUGCUCUUAGGUAAAAUAAGUGCUUUUGAAAGCAGAUCUCUUAUGAAAGGAAUAAUUUAUUACCAGCACACGCCGCUUAGGUAGAAUGGAUGGUGCUUUUGUAGUCUUAACAAACUGAAGAAGGAGGAGUGGAAAAAAAGCAAGGUGUGGGAGAAGGGAUCCAAAUGGGCAGGGAAGAGGUAGGAAUUAAAGGCGUUUUGCUUAUAUUAGAAGAAAAGGGGCUGAUGCUUGCAAGACAAAGACUCCCAAUUCUUUAGAAAAUAUAAGUAUGGUUUUGAAAUGCUACAGCUGAGGCAAUCUAAAGAGCAGCUGCUGCUGAAAAGCGUGUCCCUGCUCUCUUUUAUUCUUUGCCAAUGCCAAAUUCGGCAUUUGCAUGACCCCAGAAUGAAUUGGUCUGAGGAAUUAAACUGGCAAGAAACUAUCAGGAAAAAGAAAGAAAUUAUGUUGGCUUUGCUGCCCAACACAGUAUGUAGUGGGACCAGGUAAACCCCAGAAGUGUCGCGUGGUGGGUGAUGAGAGUACAGGGAGGGGAAAGCACUUGCCAUUGGAUUGACUUGGAUGUAGCCUGAAACUGGAGCUGAAGACCUCAGAUGAUAGAUGCAGCUGUGUCAAACAGCUCUUUAUGAAGUGCCAAACAAGAACACUCUCCUGCGAGUGGUUAAAAUGAUUAAUAUGCAAUUGCUCCCCAAGGCUAGGGAUGGGAAAUAAACCUUUCAGGCAGUCAUGAAACUGUACUGGCUUUCUAAUUAAGUUACUGUCUGCAGGACAGGGGACAUGCUCAGAUAAUGAAUGGGCAGGUGUGCUGCUGCUUGAAGUCUUUCAGCAAUUUCCAAGAUUCACAGAGACAGGACCAGGCUGCUUCUCAAGUGCUGAAACAAUAAAUAGUAGGAACAGUCUCCUUACAACCUGAUGACAUAAGGAAGUGUGCACCUUCUUCAGUGUAUUCAAAUCCCAGAGUCCACUGCAGCAAGAAAGAGCUGCCAGCAAAAACUCCUCAGCAAGUCGUAUUGCUUCAGGCUAAGGAGGUGAUCGAAGUACAGGGCGGGAUGUCGGAGCUGAGCGAUGAAGCCAGCGAGUCGGAGCUGCUGAGCCGCAGUCUUUCCAUGUGGCAUGGGGUCGGUCAGAUGAUCUGUCGGGAAGAGCUGGACGUUCCCCUGGACUUGCAUACGGCCUCCUCCAUCGGCCAGUAUGAAGUGGUGCAGGAGUGUAUUCAGCGUGGAGAUCUGGAUUUAAAUAAGAGGAACUGUGGUGGUUGGACUCCGCUGAUGUAUGCCUCCUACAUUGGCCACGACACCGUUGUGCACCUGCUACUGGAAGCGGGAGUGAAUGUGAACAUCCCCACGCCAGAAGGGCAGACGCCGCUCAUGCUGGCCUCCAGCUGUGGAAAUGAAAGUGUUGCUUACUUUCUUCUACAGCAAGGUGCAGAGCUGGAGAUGAAGGACAUUCAUGGUUGGACUGCUUUGUUUCACUGCACCAGCGCUGGACAUCAGCAGAUGGUCAAGUUCUUACUGGACAAUGGGGCAAAUGCCAACUGCAAGGAGCCUGUGUAUGGAUACACGCCGCUGAUGGAAGCAGCUGCUUCUGGCCAUGAGAUAAUUGUUCAGUACCUUCUCAAUCAUGGAGUGAAGACAGAUGUCAGAGAUAACACUGGAGCCACAGCACGGACGCUGGCCAUGAAGUAUGGACAUACGAAGAUUGUGGGGCUGAUAGAUUUGCAUGCAUCCCCAGUGCCCAAGGUCUUUUGCAGGGGUCCAGGAAAAUAUGAAGAGCUGAGUUCCUCAGAUGAAUCGUGUUCUGCUCCCCAGAGACAGAGGCCUGCUCGUAGGACCAAGGGUCCCAGCAUCCACGAUGGGCCCCAGGCUUUGGCUAAGAUAACAGCAGUUGGAAUCGGGGGAAAGAAGCAGUCUCGCUAUGAGCAGGUCCCUCCUCAGGGCUAUGUUACAUUCAAUGAUGAUGGCAGCUGUGAAGCAGAUGAUAUCCGGAACCGGGAUGUUACCUCUCCGAUUAAUGAGCAGGAUGUGGAGAGCAGCAGCAGCAGGGAGGAUAAUGUUUUCUUCACCAACAACUUAGCAACUGUCAGGAGCAGCAGCAGCAGCAGUGAAUGCCUGACCAAAGCCCUGGGGGUCAGCAGUGAAGGCUCCUUGGAAAGCAAUGAGGAUUCUGACCAUGCAAACAGUCCCCCUAGUCGGAAACAAGCCAAGAGCUUUAAGAUCAAAAAUCGCUACAGCAACAGUGAUAGCCAGUGGACCCACUGCCCAGGGAAAGCUGGGGGCACUAGUCAGCACCCGAUCCUUCCUGAGCCCCCUGCCUAUACAGGGCCCCAGGACCUGGCAACAUUCCUCGAGCAGAUUGGGUGCCUGAAGUAUCUGCAAGUGUUUGAGGAGCAAGAUGUUGACCUCCGGAUCUUCCUGACCCUCACAGAGAGUGAUCUGAAGGAAAUAGGCAUCACUCUGUUUGGACCCAAGAGGAAGAUGACUUCUGCCAUUGCCCGAUGGCACAGCAAUGCUCGGCCGCCCAGCGAUGCCCUGGAGCUGGCCUAUGCAGAUCGGCUGGAGGCUGAGAUGCAGGAAUUGGCCAUUCAGUUGCACAAGAGGUGUGAAGAGGUGGAGGUGAUGAAGGGCCAGGUGUGCCAGGAGCAGAAGCUGCGUGCAGUAGCGGAGAGCUGCUUGAUGGAGCGGGAUGAGACCUGGAAUGCUAUACAGUGCCAGCUCAGAGAGGCUCAGGCCAUCACCAAGGAUGCUGGAGUCCUGCUGGAUCAGAUCAAAUCCUGUCAAGCAGAGCUGUCCUCCCGGCUAACCCAAGAGCAGGCAGUCAGCAGAGUGCUGGACACAAAGGUGCAGCUGGGAACCGGUGAGAGCCGGCGGCCUGGUGAGCGUCCAGUGCUGGAAGGAUGGCCGCCGUCCUUGAAGUCUCUGAGCUUGCCUGAGCUGUCAGCUGUCCUAGAGGAGUGUGUGGGAGAAAUGGGAAAAGCUCUGCAGACUGUGACUCAAAACCUCCAAAGGCUCCAAGCCCCGGGGCAGAGCGGGCAGAGCUGGCUAGAGCCGUAACAAAGCAGGAGGGAAUUCUGACGUCGGGUGACUGUUCCACCCGGAAGCUGAGUGUGCCUGGGAGAAUGAGCGCGAGGGCCGUGCUGGCAGCACCGCAGCUCUGCUGAGAGUGCCGCAGCAGCUGGUGGAUGCGUGGAAGAAGGUCUCGGCCAUCGGAGAACAUGCCUGGGAGAACAAGGGACAGCAGAAGGCAACAACCCAGCAGCUCCUUGGGCCUGACUGUUGUCAGGGUUCCCAGGAUCGUUGUUGUUCAUACCAAAAGGUUAGGCUAAGAGGAGAAGCACCGAGCCCAAAAGGUUUAUCUGCCUUAAGCUUCCUGCAGCCCUUGUCAGGGCUGUGUGAUGUUAGAAAGCUGACAGUUACCCGCAGCGAUCAAUUAUCCUUUUCCACAUCCUGUCCUCCCCAAGGCCUCUGACACUUGCCCUGGCCUCUUCUGUGCCACGUGGAUUGCUCAGGAGCUGACCCAGAAAAUGUAUCUGGCAAGGAAGGCAGGUUUGUUAUGGAUGGGUAAAGUGAGUCGAGUUCAUCAUGAUUGUCUCGUUGUGCUGCAGCGAAACUCUUGCAGCCCUAAUCUCUAGCAGAUUUCUGCCCUACCGCCGCCCCAAAUCCCUGCUUCACAACCUCUCCCUCCAGCCAGCCCACCCUGGUUCGGUUCAGAUUUUUGCCCUGCUCAGGGGUUGUUUGUGAACACGUUACUCAGUCCCAAAGAUCUCUUUUGUGUGGUAAAUGCUUUAUGGCAGAGACUUUGAGUCGGGUUUCAGUGCCAAGAUCCCGAUGCUGACAGGGGUUGCAAGGCAGAUGUUCCCCUGGAAGGACAUGAGAAAGAAGGAAGAGCUCGAGACUGUUCGGUCUCCUGUCCCCCUGACAGGCAGCAGUGCCGAGGCAAGCGGAACAAGAACCGAGGGAUGGAUCUGUCCCACGUGGGAGAUGGGUGAAACAAAUCACAUCCCAGAUGUAGCUGCGGUGCAAAGCUUUGGUCCUCAACCACUGCCUGCCUUUGGUUUCCAGGCUCUUAGUGUUUGGGAAUAGUUCUGUGGAGGGAUUUUUGUGUCGGCAGAGUGGGUUGUUUCAAAGGGCAGACAAAUGGUGCGGGAAGAGGCUGCCUCCCCAGAGAGACUGCGCUGUCUCUUGGAGCUGGGCGAGCAGCCGCAAGGGCUCUGGUGGCAGUUAUGGUGAGGUAAACUUGUUUCUAGUGGCUCUCUGUUCCUGUGUAUUGCUGAGUCCUUUAGGGGGGAAAAAAAAAUCCCACAACCAAACAACAAAACCUGAAGUCUGAGUGGCCUUGGUGAGUCUGGAGAAGUCUUUUUCUCUUUGCUGGGAAGGGGAAGAAACUGUGUUACUUCUGAUUUUAAUAUUUUUUGGACCUUGAUUGUAGAUGCCAAAAUACAAAAAUCCAUUCUGGCUCCCUCCUUUGAGCUAGUCACCCCUCCUGAUCAGCUGCCUGCGACUGCUUAGGCAGGCUUGAAAGCUAGCCUGCCUUUGGGUAGAGGCGACAUCGUGUUUGGCUGUCCCACCCAACUGGUGUGUCCGUGCUGCCAGGGGACAGUCCUGCGGCAGCGAGGCAGGUACGGCCCGCUCCGACGAGAACCUGCCCUGCUGGCCGCUUGCGUGUGCCCGCUGUGGGCUGCUGCUGCCCACUCGUGUUUAACUCUUAAACUUAACACCGCACGCUGGUUUUUGCCUCUUUUGCGAAUAAUGUGGGUGUACACGUGUGGGUACCUGGCGCGGUACCAGGCGCUGGGACCAGGCUGCAGGAGAUUUCACCCUGAAGAGUCUGUUUUGAUGAGGUGGAGCAAAUUCCCCUAAGGCAGCAUCCCCGAAAGCUGCUCAGAGCGUUGAGGCUGUGCCGGGAAGAGUAUGGUGGGCUUUGUCCUUCAUUCCCCAUUGCUGGAGGGGCAGUGGGGCGUGCCCAGGCACUGCCCUCUCCCCAGCCUGGGCAGUGUCCCUGGCUGCACCAGUACAGGGUUGUCAGUGCUGUGUCCCUUGAAAGCCCAAACUUAAAUUUAAGGCGAGAUGUCUGUGGGGCAAGGGAAAAAGUUUUCAUAGAA